GACCGCCCCCUUGUAAGAUAAAAAUAUAAGUAGUUUAUUUUCACCCCCCUAAAAAUUUAAGAGCCUUCACACUAACCCACCAGUUUAUCAACAGCCUAAUGCUGGACCCCCCAGUGAGGAACAGCAGGUAGGGGAGUGAUGUGGUUUUGUGUGUGGCCCACAGCCAGUCAUAUUCUGGAUGACUGUGAGUGAGGAGACACAAUAAAAUUAUGAUCACUCCAUAACUGGCUGUUUCAUCCUUAUUUUCAGAACCCUCCCGCCCCCUUCGCCUGGGCCCGGGGUCUACAUUUGGCGAUCUUGCCAGGACAGGUGCAUUUGGUAAAAGCAACAAGCCAAACUAAAUGGUGUGCGCCUGUUCUGGGACCACGAACUGCAGAUGAAGAGAAACACGACACUCCCUUGUUAGCCAGUUGUCCUUCCCAGGUUCGAGAUGACCACCCUUGAUGAAAUCCACAGCAUAGUCCACGCCCUGCUGCAAUCGGCAACGAGAGAGGACCUGCUACAGGUAUGUGCUUUGGCCGAAAUCGAGGGUGAGGGCAAGACCACCCAUGCCCUCCUCCGCCAAGUCCGGAGGUAUCUCUGUAGUGAUGAAGUUGAAAAGAGUGAAGAUGAAGGCUUUUCAGUUUUGCAGCAGAUGGUGAAAACUCUGAAAGCAACCCCUAGCCCUGAUCCUACAGAGAUGCCCUCCAACAGCCAGCAGAGUGCAUCAACGACCACAGCAGCGGUGACAACUGGACCAAUCUUUCGGCGAGAAUAUAAGAUCUUUGGACAGAUCGGAGAUGUGGGUCAGAAGGACAAAAUUACCUUUUUGUCUCUGAUGCACCAGAUUGAGGCCGGUUUAGCUAAAGGCUACAAGGAGAGAGAGGUGGUAGAAGGAGUGAUUCGUGCGAUUAAUCCAGCAUCACGCCUGAGGAGCUACCUCGAAGGAAAACCGACGCUUACACUCGUAGAUGUCCGACGUGUCCUGAGAUCACACUAUCGAGAGAGCGAUGCUACAGAGCUGUACUAUCAGCUUUCCAGAGCACGCCAGGAAGUGAAGGAGACCCCCCAGGAAUUCUUAAUCCGAACCAUGGACCUGCAGCAGAAAGUUCUAUUUGUUUCGAAGGAGGUGACGGCAGGCCCAAAGUACGAAGCAGCACAGGUAAGGGCGAUGUUCCUCCACUCACUGCAAACAGGGUUCCGUAGUGAAAUAGUUCGCAUCGACAUGCGCCCUUAUCUUCAAGACCCCACAGUCGUGGAUGAGGAGCUGUUAGAAAAGCUUAACAUAGCAGCCAGUCACGAGACAGAGCGGCAGCAAAAACUCCAUUCAUCAAAGCACGUCACAGUAAGCAGCCUUGCAAAUAGUAGUGAAUCCGAAUCAGAGGCCCCAAAAACGCCCACCCCGAGCUUCCCAAAACCCAACCCCCUUGCUGAGGACGUACGAGAGCUGAAGACACAGGUCGCUGCUCUUGUCUGUGCCCUACAGACUAGAGGCAACAUAUCUGCUGACCAGACUCAGAGAAACCCUCGCCCUCGAGGCCCCGCCCGGAGAUGGGGUUGUCAACGGUGUAUAGAGCAAGGAGUAGGUGACCAUUGCCGCCACUGCUUCAGAUGCGGAUCACCUGAUCACCUCAUUCGCCAGUGCACUUCGGGAAACGACAGCGGGUUACUGCCAAGGGACAAGCAGUAA